CUUAUUUGACUUAAACGGCCCACUGGCCCAAGUGUAGUCACCAAAAUCAAGGGGAGUUGGAUUGGACAUGCAGUUCAUUGAAAAUUCAGCAGAAGGUUUAAACUUUAAUAGCAAGCUAAUCAGUGACACUCGAAAUACCAGACCCAAGUGAAGAAGAUGAGUCUUACUUCAGUCUGCUCUUCAUCAUCAUCAUCUGGGUCUUCUUCAUCGAGCAAGACUUGGAUCGUUCAUGGCCUUGUUGCCGGAGCAGCCAUAGCAGUGGCCAUCGGUACCGGAGCGUAUCUGGGUCGAUUUAGGAAGUUUAGGAGCAGGGUUGUGGGAAUCAUACCAGCCCGUUUUGCCUCUUCUCGGUUCCAGGGGAAGCCCCUAGUCGAAAUCCUUGGCAAACCCAUGAUCCAGAGAACUUGGGAAAGGAGCAAAUUGGCAACUACAUUGGAUCAUGUUGUUGUGGCAACUGAUGAUGAAGAGAUUGCGGAAUGCUGCAUAGGAUUUGGCGCGGAUGUGAUAAUGACAUCAGAAUCUUGCCGAAAUGGCACGGAACGAUGCAAUGAAGCACUCCAGAAAUUAGAAAAGAAAUAUGAUAUUGUUGUUAAUAUUCAAGGGGAUGAGCCUCUUAUUGAUCCUGAGAUUAUAGAUGGGGUGGUUAAAGCGCUGCAGGCAGCUCCAGAUGCAGUGUUUAGCACGGCAGUCACUUCUUUGAAACCUGAGGAUGCCUUUGAUCCAAAUCGAGUUAAAUGUGUGGUGGACAAUCGUGGCUAUGCUAUUUAUUUUUCACGCGGAUUGAUUCCAUACAAUAAGUCAGCACAGGUCAAUCCAGAUUUUCCUUAUCUGCUUCAUCUUGGGAUUCAGAGCUAUGAUUCAAAGUUUCUUCGAAUAUAUCCUGAUCUCCAACCUACACCGCUACAGCUAGAGGAGGAUCUGGAGCAACUUAAAGUCCUGGAGAAUGGUUAUAAGAUGAAGGUGAUAAAAGUUGACCACGAGGCUCAUGGUGUUGAUACUCCUGAAGAUGUGGAGAAGAUUGAAGCUUUGAUGCGUGAGAGAAACUUGACCUAGUGAAGUUUAGACCUUGAGAAAAGGAUUUUUACUGCAAUUACCUUUGCUCAUUAUCCGAUCUUAUGUGGGAUUUGGAGGUAUGCUGUCCGAUAUGCACUUUCCUAGCCAAAAAAAAAAAUCAAGUUAUGGUGUCUGGGUAAGGAUUCACGAGUCCAUUUUCUUUUCAAGUAUAGUUAAAAAGUCAUACAGGUGACACAGAGUACACACAGAAUUUUUAUAGCUAUAUCCUAAUUUGUUGUCUGGUUGGUUUGUUUUUCUUAUAAUCUAUGUAUCUUGUUUUGCUUGUAUCAGUUUAAUAAGACGGAAAAUUGGAUUUUUUAAUCAAUUAUCAACUGUUGUGUAAUUUCUUUCA